AUGUUUAGCAAACCGGCUUUUCUUGUCCUUGUACUCUCUGUCCUUUGUCUCCCAUAUAUUCGUACCUUGGCCCGGUUCGUCACAGUCCUGGGCUUCUUCCGAGACAAGAGCAGCACUAUCGUACAGGAUCCCAGUCAUCUCACCUUCAUUAACGACACCAUUCAAUGCGAGGAUGUUCACUUUGAAGAAGAAAGUGGAAAGCUCUUUUUGGCCUGCGAGGACAGCUACGAAGGUCGAUUUAGAUGGUUCCCACCCUUGGCCAAUUUCCAUGACCCGUCUUUGGCCGCCAAGAGCACUGGGUCAAUACACGUCGUCGAUCCUGAGUCGAAACAAUCUCAACGUUUAAAGUUUGUAAACUUCAAUGGACCUUUCAACACCCAUGGCAUUGAUGUCAUCCCGGAUCAUGACUCGGCAGAGGCCGCCGUCUAUAUAUUCGCUGUCAACCACCCUCCAAACUUGACACAUUGUCCUGAUACCGCGAACUUGAAAGAAUGCAACGCAAAUGCGGCUUCGCGCGUCGAGAUAUUCCAUCAUGUCAUCGGGUCUGAUGUAGCCACACACCUACGGUCAGUUCAGCACUCGCUAAUUUCGACGCCCAACGAUAUUCUAGCUCGAAACCCUCACUCUUUCUAUGUGACAAACGAUCACUACUACAAAGAAGGUGCUCUGCGAUUCUUGGAAGUCGUGUACUGGGGCGCAAGAUGGUCGACUACCGUGUUGGUCGAGUUGGACUCGCUCACUUCUACCGACCCCGCAGCAGAUGUCAAGGCGCGAGUCGCGGUGAGUGGUAUCCAUAACCAAAAUGGGCUUGGUAGGGGUAGAUCUGGAGAAAUCCUCAUCGGAUGUGCUGGGAGAGGUGUUUUGGAGGUGGGAAAGGCAUCAUCCGAAAACCCUGCCAUUCAAGUUGUCUCAUCGAUCAAGGUCGACUCGACAAUCGAUAAUCCCAGCUACUUCCUCGACCCAUAUGCCAAUUCGACAUUUGAUGCCAGCGGCUACGUCCUCGCAGGAUUAUCACGGGCUGCUGACCUUCCCAAGACGACGACGGAUCCAAACGGGGCUGAUGGGUCCAUGGUAUGGUAUAUCCCAUCACAACAAGGGGGUGCGGAAUUGAGCGUAAUGAGCCCUAGGUUGUUGUUUGAAGACGGCGGGGAGAGAAUUCGAUUUGCGACGGCUGCUGUUAUGGUUGCUAUCGACCCGAAGCUGGAACACGGUCAGCGGUGGGCGUGGCUCUUUGUGACGGGAGCGUUAGCGAAGAGUGUGUUGGCUGUCAAGAUCAACUUGGAGAACGUGGUAUAA